AAGAGGAAAACGAGACGAGACCAAACUCCACAGUUCCUCAUUUUCUACACUGACGUGUGCUGGGGGAAAUGUGUCAGCUGCCCAACGCCACCGGAGAAGAAGAAGAGAACCGUUUGCGGCGGGGAUAAAGCGACGUCGAGUGAUUUCAGGCUGGUCAACUCUCACAUAACGGAUCCUGGUCCUUUAUCAUGGAAGAUGGUGUGAAAGAGGACCCAGCCCAGUGUAAAGAGCCAAAGUUCCUGGGUAAGGCCGGCUGGGUGAAGAAAGCUACUGGCAGACUGUUGGUGAGCUAUAAGGACCGCUACAUCCAUGUGGAGAGGACAGAGAUUGUGGUGUAUGAAAAUGAGGACUUGCAGAACUGCUUAGAGAGGGUUGACCUUGAAAACUAUGACAAAUGUCAUGAAUUAAAGAGCCCCUUCAAGAAGAAGCACAGGCUCAUACUGAUUCGAUCAGCCAAGUCUGGAAAUAAGGGCCAUGAUGUGAAGCUCCAGGCUCAGACUGCAGAGGAGAAGGAGGCGUGGAUCAAAGCCCUCACUGACGGCAUCAAUCGAGCCAAGAACAAAGUCUUCGAUGAGGUGAAGGUUGAUGAAAGCAGCAACUUAGAGCAUGUCACUCGAUCAAGGCCCAAAGGGAACCGCAACCGGCGCCCACCAACCAGGAUACACAUGAAAGAGGUAGCGGUGGUGUCAUCCGAUGGUAUCCUGCGGUUGGAUCUUGACCUGGAGGAUGCUGUCAUGCCCAAUGGGAUGCCAUUAGACAACGUUGAUGGUACUGAGACCCCAAAAGAAGCUGUCAAAGUCCCAACACCUCUGCCCAGUGCCAGCAAACCUUCAGAAAAACAGUCGGUACCAAUUCCUGAUGAGGUUGCUCAGACUGAGUCAGAGGUCAGUCCCCAGAAAAAGGUCAUCAAACCUCCCAUGCCCCCCACCAAAGAGGCUAAACCCAGUCCAGCACCUGAGGAUGAACCUGAUAAGGAUGGCCAAGACAAAAAGGUCCUGAAGCCACCGAUGCCUCCAUCUAAAGAAGUCAAGUCCUGUGUUUCACCUGUUGAGGAGGUUCCAGCUGAGGCCAACACUGAGAAGAGUCCUGACCCCAAGAAAAAGACGGGCCCACCACCAACCCCUCCCAACAAACCUAGCUCCAGCUGCUCCACCAGCAACCUGGCAGAAGCUUCACAGUCCAGGCCAAACUCCCACCCUCCCACCCCCCCAUCCAAAGAGAACAAACCCUCAAAUCCUGCUGUGGAUCCAGACCAAGAGGGUCAAGGCGCAGCUGAUGAGAAGAAGGAAAAGGAAGAGAACAGUAGGAAGGAGACAACAGGAACAGCUGUGGAAAUAGAUGAGGCUGACCAUUCGAUUUCUAAGGAAGAUGUGCCCACUGUCAGAGGUGAUGAGAGUUCCAGCACAGAAGCCCAGGGUCCUAAAGAAGAGUCAGAGGACACUAUGAGCAGUCCUUGUCCUCCUGAGACACAACACACAGAAGACAACCCAGCUAUAAGUCAGCCCAUUGAGAGACAAGAGUGUACCACUUCAGAUACCUCAGACAGCUCUCUUCAAGAGGAAGACGCCCCCCCCAAGAGUGAAGUCUCCUCAGUGGCUGUCUCUGUGAAUGACCCCCUAUCUGACAGCAUCAGCCUGAGCCCACUGCUCUGUCUGCCGGGGGAGAAGAGGAAGAAGGCGGAGGAGAAAUCUGUGGACAGUGGUCAGCACUCAGACGACGACAGUGAAGGUUCGGGGAGCGAGGACAUGCUGGCAGCUUCAACUGCUGUGCUGAGAGGGAGCCAUGCUGGUCUGGACGUGUUGGACACCAGCGAGGACAACAUCCAGAUCUCAGUUAGUCUAAGGCCAACACAGGCCACUAGCAAGCCUCAAGUCGGAUCCAAGGCCUUUCCGAGUCCACAAUCAAAGCCCAUUACUCCUCUGAAACCCUCCACCAAGGCCAAGUCAGCCUCCAUCGGAGACCUGCUGUCUGAAUCCUCCGUCUGUGCUCAGGUGAGGCAGCAUCCCAGAGCUGUGGCUGUGUGUGGCAGGUCUCCUACUGAUGAUGUCAUAAAACUAGAGACUGAAGUGGCUCUGGAGAGGGAAAAGACGGGCGAGCUCCUGAGCAGAGUGUCCCAGUCCCAGGGUGGAGGUGACAGGGAGGGCACACCUGAGGAUCUGCUGGCCAAGGCCCUGGAGAAGCUGGAGAAGGCUGACCUCGUCCUCAGGGAGGUCAAGAAAUUGAAACUUGCAAAGAACUCCAGGGACAGGAAGAGCUGGUGAAUGUCAGAGUGAUUUGGAAUUGGCACUUUGCUAAACCCCUCACCUGUUGAGUUAGCUUAGCAACAUUAAAUAGCCACAGCAGGCCUGCCCCUCUUUGCAUUUCUCCACACACACUUAGGCCCUGUUUAGACCUACAUUAACACGUGGCUACAUGUGGUCCAGACCACCUCUGAAUGUGGUCUGAGUGAUCAGAUCUCAAAUGUGUCCUCAAUGUGUCUUGAGUGCAUUCACACCUGAACUUAGAACUGACCACCUGUGAUUAGAUCACCUGAGACAGAUGUUAAUACCAGGUCUGUACAGGGCCGAGAGGAAAAGCACGAGGAACAGUGUUUGCUCUAAUACAACACAUCCACUAUGCACUGUUUCCCCUGGUGUGGAGGCCAGUCUUGAAUGCAGCUCUGUCCUGCUCUUUGUCAAAUCUAGGAAGUUUACACUCCAACAAGCCCAGUUUAAUCUGAAAAGCUUUUCCCCUCAUGACGGUAUAAACUCUCCACUCAUGGAGUUAGCAUUAGCCUUCUUAGCUAGCUGAUAAAAUCUGACCGCUAUUCUUCUUCUUCUGUUUGAAAUCAAAACCUACUGGUUCAAAGUUACUGAGAAUUAAAACAGGUGAUUUGACACUAUCAUCACUGUAAAGUUCACAGGCGCUGUGUGAGACUGGAGGACUGGACAGGUGAGGGGGGGUCAGGGUCAGUGAGCGGCCAAUUGCUGGACAGGAAGUCACUCUUUUUUGAUUGUUAUGCAGCACAUGCAGCUGUUUGCUCAUAAUUAACUAAGUGCAAUUAUUUCUAGUUUAACUUUCUCUGAAACUAAUGCUUAAUGUUCUACUGUGUAUUGUUUAUUUUUUUUCUACAUAAAACAUCAGAUAUUUUCAAGGGUAAUUACUUGAAAGCUAAUUUGAGUAUUAAUAACAUAAUGACAAGCAGUACUGUUACAUUGAGAACAUUUAAGUACUAAAAAGUGUUAAUACCAAAUUACACAACUUUCAAUGGUUUACUUUGGCUUUUCCUCCUAUUUGCAGAUUGCAUGGUAUUGCUGGCAGUUUAUAUGAGGGAAUUUAUACUGUACAUACUUUUACAACACAUGCUGUUAGUGGAUGAGGAGGAAAGAUGUAAAUAGCUCAGGAGUUUUCAGACUAAUCAUGUGAUUACAGCAAAUGUUUUUUAUCAGAGAAGAACUGCUACUCCACACAGGAUUACAGUUUCUUUUAAUGAAUGAUAUGUUUUUAUACUGAUAUUGUACAUAGCACAGAACAAAGAGCUUGUAGCAGACAUUUCUUACAAACCUCUUACAAUUCACUUUUACAUUUGAUGAGGGAUCUGUGCUCAUCAGUGAGGUAAUUUGUUAAAAGAUGUGAUGGUAGUUUUUAAAACUAUUUUAAAUAUGCCAUGCCAUUUAGAGUAUGUAAAAAUAUUUUCUAACAUUAGAUAUCAUUUUGUGCUAUUGGAUAAAAUUUGCUAUCACCCAAAUAAACAAAG